GGGAUGCUGGCCUUCUCCUCCGCCUACCUGCAGAGCCCGGGCCCCGGCAAGGCCCCGCGGGGCGCCAAGGUGCGGAUGUCGGCCCAGCGGCGGCGCAAGGCCAGCGAGCGCGAGAAGCUGCGGAUGCGGGCGCUGGCCGACGCCCUGCACACGCUGCGCAAUUACCUGCCGCCGGUGUACAGCCAGCGGGGUCAGCCCCUCACCAAGAUCCAGACGCUGAAGUACACCAUCAAGUACAUCGGCGAGCUCACCGACCUCCUGAACGGCUCCCCGCGGCCCUGA